AGAGCAGCACCGGAGCCGUGCGCCCGGGAGGCGGCGAGGGGAGGCGGUUCGCCUUGUCCCUCCUACCCGCCCCUCUUUCUCUCUCUUCCUCCAGCUGGUCCCAAAACCCUGCUGGGUCCGGUCCCUCUGCCCCCAUCCCGCAUUCUUCCACCUCCUCCGAGUCCCACUCCUCACCUAGGGCGCCCCGAACUGCCAUGGGUUAGGGUGGGGGCCGCGAGCCGCGCGAAGGACCAGCCCUGUGCAUCCGCCGGGGGGCGCGAAGCCCGAAAGACGCCAGCCGCUCGCGGGCGCCGGGCAUGGGGAGCGUGGUGUGAGCCCGCACCCAGAGAGGACGCAGCGGCUGCGGAGACGGGCGCGAGGAGGAGGAGGAGGAGAGCGGUGGACUGCAAGGACCCGAGGGAGGAAGGGAGGGACAAGAGGGUGGGGAGCUAGGAAAAAGUGAAGCUGGGAGGAGAAGGCGGCGGAAGGUGGGGAUUGAUGCUUCUGUUUUUUGUUGCCGCUGCUGCCCUCGCGCUGGGAGCCGAGCCGGAGGGAAGGCGGCGGAGAGAUGAUUGCAGAGUUGGUGAGCAGCGCUCUGGGGCUCGCCUUGUAUCUCAACACCUUGAGUGCGGAUUUCUGCUAUGAUGACAGCCGUGCUAUCAAGACUAAUCAAGACCUUCUCCCCGAAACUCCAUGGACACACAUUUUCUACAAUGAUUUUUGGGGGACUCUUCUAACCCACAGCGGCAGCCACAAAUCCUACCGGCCCCUGUGCACUCUUUCUUUUCGCCUGAACCACGCCGUCGGAGGCCUGAAUCCUUGGAGCUAUCACCUGGUCAAUGUCCUGCUGCACGCGGCCGUCACAGGUGUCUUCACGAGCUUCUCCAAGAUCCUCCUUGGGGACGGAUACUGGACCUUCAUGGCCGGCUUGAUGUUUGCCUCUCACCCCAUUCACACGGAGGCAGUGGCGGGAAUCGUGGGCAGGGCCGACGUCGGGGCCAGUCUCUUCUUUCUCCUGUCCUUGCUAUGCUACAUGAAACACUGUUCUACGAGAGGCUACUCAGCCCGGACUUGGGGCUGGUUCCUGGGGACGGGACUGUGCGCGGGCUGCAGCAUGCUGUGGAAGGAGCAAGGAGUGACGGUGCUCGCCGUGUCCGCAGUUUAUGACGUCUUUGUCUUUCACAGGCUGAAAAUGAAACAGAUCUUACCUGCCAUCUAUAAAAGGAAGAACUUGUCUCUUUUCCUCAGCAUUAGUUUGUUAACUUUCUGGGGGACUUCCCUUUUGGGUGCCCGUUUGUACUGGAUGGGAAACAAACCACCAAGCUUUUCCAACUCUGACAACCCAGCUGCAGAUUCGGAUAGCCUGUUGGCUCGAACGCUCACUUUCUUCUACUUGCCAACCAAGAACCUCUGGCUGUUGCUAUGCCCAGACACCCUCAGUUUUGAUUGGUCAAUGGAUGCUGUGCCUCUGCUCAAAACGGUUUGUGAUUGGAGAAACCUACACACUGUGGCCUUCUAUAUUGGACUCCUCCUCCUUGCCUACUAUGGCUUGAAGAGCCCAAGCGUGGAAAGAGAAUGCAAUGGGAAAUUUGUAACAAAUGGCAAGCAGAAUGCAAAUGGACAUAGCUGCCAUUCAGAUGUGGAGUACCGGAACUCAGAGAUUAAGCCCAGCUUUGCAUCCAAAGUAGAAAAUGGCAUUAAAAAUCAUGCAUCACAGAGAACACAACUUCCUUCUACGGAGAACAUUGUUGUUCUUUCUUUAUCUUUGCUAAUAAUACCCUUUGUUCCUGCCACGAACCUGUUUUUCUAUGUCGGCUUUGUAAUUGCAGAGCGAGUAUUGUAUAUUCCUAGUAUGGGCUUCUGCCUCCUCAUUACAGUGGGUGCCAGAGCCCUUUAUGUCAAGGUCCAAAAGCGAUUUCUCAAGAGCUUGAUUUUUUAUGCCACAGCUACAUUAAUUGUUUUCUAUGGACUCAAGACUGCGAUCAGGAAUGGAGACUGGCAGAAUGAGGAAAUGCUAUAUAGGUCAGGGAUAAAAGUUAACCCAGCUAAAGCAUGGGGUAACCUUGGAAAUGUUCUGAAGAGUCAGAGCAAAAUUUCUGAAGCUGAAAGCGCCUAUAGAAAUGCUUUGUACUACCGCAGCAACAUGGCUGACAUGCUUUAUAAUUUAGGGUUACUUCUACAGGAGAACAGCAGGUUUGCGGAAGCAUUACAUUAUUACAAAUUGGCGAUCGGAAGCAGGCCUACCCUGGCUUCUGCAUAUUUAAAUACCGGUAUUAUUCUCAUGAACCAAGGAAAGACAGAAGAAGCUCGACGCACGUUCCUCAAGUGUUCUGAGAUCCCUGAUGAAAACCUAAAGGAUCCUCAUGCACAUAAGAGCUCAGUUACCAGCUGUCUCUACAACCUGGGCAAACUCUAUCAUGAACAGGGACACUAUGAGGAUGCCCUUAGUGUAUACAAGGAAGCAAUUCAGAAAAUGCCAAGGCAGUUUGCUCCACAGAGCUUGUACAACAUGAUGGGUGAAGCGUACAUGCGAUUAAGCAAACUCCCUGAAGCAGAGCAUUGGUAUAUGGAAUCACUGAGAUCUAAGACUGACCACAUCCCUGCUCACCUUACCUAUGGGAAACUGCUAGCUCUAACAGGUCGUAAGAGUGAGGCUGAAAAAUUCUUCUUGAAGGCUAUUGAGCUGGAUCCCACGAAAGGAAACUGUUACAUGCAUUAUGGUCAGUUUCUUCUGGAAGAAGCCCGCCUCAUAGAAGCAGCUGAGAUGGCGAAGAAAGCCGCUGAAUUGGACAGCACAGAGUUUGAUGUGGUCUUCAGUGCUGCGCACAUGCUCAGACAGGCCAGCCUCAAUGAAGCAGCCGAGAAAUAUUAUGAUCUGGCAGCCAGACUGAGACCUAAUUAUCCGGCAGCUCUGAUGAACCUGGGAGCUAUUCUCCAUCUCAAUGGCCGGCUGCAAAAGGCUGAGGCCAACUACCUGCGGGCGCUGCAGCUCAAGCCAGAUGACGUCAUCACGCAGUCCAAUCUCCGCAAACUGUGGAAUAUCAUGGAGAAGCAAGGUUUAAAGACUUCCAAGACUUGACACUGGAGGGCAGUACCUCGCCCUCCUCCAUAUUAGGAAGCUGGCUUCAUGAAUGAACAGAACUUCCCAGCAGUGCUAUGACAAGAGCUAGUAUGGACUUCAAGAUGGGGGCAGAGGUCACUGAGGUCACUGCCACUUCUGGGAGUAUUCACUUCGUUGUUGGCACAGCCGUUAACACCAAAAAGGGGAACAUUGGAAACCUCCUGAAGGAUGUAAUUGUUACCCAUAGAACUAUAAACCAGAGCACUUAAAACAGGAUCUUAUG